AUGGCGUACUCUCGUCGGGCCUCUCACGCCGGCAGUUGGUACGAAGGCUCGGCAACGAUGCUUAAGGCGACAGUGGACGACUUGCUUGAGAAGGCGAAGGACUUUCAGUGGGCUGGUGGUGAGACUCUUGUCGGCGUCAUUUCACCACACGCCGGAAUCAGCUACUCCGGCACAACCGCAGCACACGCGUAUAAGGCCCUGUGUCAUUACAUCUACGGGCCUAAGGGAAACAACGUCUCUCAUAUUUUUUUGUUGGGCCCCGAUCAUCAUCAAGGGUUUGAGGGCGUGCAAAUCUCUGGCGCAGAGCAGUACGAAACUCCGUUUGGUGCAAUUCCCAUUGAUACGUCGGUUGCUUCGGAUGUUUAUCAAGCGCUGAAGGCUGCCGGGGUACGAACAGCGCACAUGUCGCAGCUCACCGACGAGGAGGAGCACUCUAUUGAAAUGCAGCUGCCAUUUAUCUCACAUAUCCUGCACUACCCACCGGCCGGUGCGACACGGGCAAAAGAUCGAAUUCGACUCGUUCCAAUGGUGGUUGGCUGGACGGACCGUGAGGUGGAGGAACGCAUGGGCGCUGUCCUCUCGUCCUACGCUCGGGACCCACGCAAUAUAUUCGUGCUCAGCUCCGACUUCUGCCACUGGGGCUCAAGGUUCCAGUACAAGUUUCACUAUCAAAAAACGGAUUACCCCGCAAUUGCCGACGCCAUUAUCGCCAUGGAUCAUGAGGGGAUGGAAUGGCUGGAAAAGCGGGAUAUGAACGGUUGGUAUGACUAUCUUAACAAAACACGUAACACUAUUUGCGGUCGGCGGCCCAUUUCCGUAGGCAUAGAGGCCAUAAAAAACGAGAAGGCGACAUCUGUGCGCUUCCUACAUUACUCGCAGUCAAACCGCUGUUCAGGCCCUUCAGACUCCUCUGUCAGCUACGCCAGUGCUGUUAUCACGCAUAGUUGA